UCUUCUCAUUGAACAACAGGAGUGGUGCUUCAGGAUGGUGACGGAGGAGCCACAGCCCUUCCACAUUAAAGAGGAAGACGAGGCACCAGAGACCCCUCACUUGAAAGAGGAAGAGGAGGAACGCACAAUCAGUCAGGAGGGAGAGCAGCUUGAAUGGUUGGAAGAGUUCCCAGUGAUCGGUGUCCCUGUGAAGAGUGAAGAUGAUGAGGUCAAAGGUGAGAGUGAGGAGAAGAGAGAGGCGGAGCCUCCAAGCAGCAGCUCAACUCAACACAUGACAACAGAAGCUGAUGGAGACCACUGUGGAGGAUCACAAGCAGACAAGCUCUUAGCUCCACUAUCAGAUAGUGAGGACACAACGUCACACUCUCCUGACACUGAUGAUGAAGACUCUAAAGAUGAUAAGACAUGUCACACUGACAACACACACUUCUCAUGUUCUCACUGUGACAAAACCUUUAAUGACCGUCGCAAUAUGAAGAGACACAUGAGAACACACACUGGAGAAAAGCCAUUCAUGUGCUCGGUUUGCAGUAAAAGAUUCUCCCAGAAGGAAACUUUGGUAAGACACACAAGAAUACACACUGGAGAAAAACCUUUUUCAUGUUCAGUCUGUGGUAAAGGUUUUAUAGGAAGUGGUGAUUUGAAAGUACACAUGAGAAUACACACUGGAGAAAAACCUUUUACCUGCUCUGUAUGUGGUAAGGGUUUUAUACAAAGUCACUAUUUGAAAAUACACAUGAGAAUACACACUGGAGAAAAACCUUUUUCAUGUUCAGCGUGUGGUAGAGGUUUUAUACAAUGUGGUGAGUUAAAUGUACACAUGAGAACACACACUGGAGAAAAAACAUUCAUGUGCCUAAUUUGUGGUAAAAGAUUCACCCAGAAGGCAAAUUUGAUCAUGCACACAAGAAUACACACUGGUGAAAAACCUUUUAUCUGUUCAGUCUGCGGUAAAGGUUUUAUACAAAAUGGUGAUUUAAAAAGACACAUGAGAAUACACACAGGUGAUAAAAUGUUGAGUUGCAGUGUGUGUGGUGAAAGAUUCUCCUAUAAGUACCAGUGUAAGAAACACAAGUGUGCUGGUGAGAACAGCAGCAGCAAAUGAAGAUGCAGGAUUUGAAAUAAACUGUCAAAACUUUCACUUUGACUUUCUAACAACAUCAGCACAUACACAACCCAAAACCAGUGAAGUUGGCAUGUUAUGUAAAUGGUAAAUAAAAACAGAAUACAAUGAUUUGCAAACCAUUUUCAACUUAUAUUCAAUUGAAUGGACUGCAAAGACAAGAUAUUUAACGUUCACACUGAGAAAUAUUUUUUAUAUUUGUGCAAAUAAUCUAAUGGCAGCAACACAUUGCAAAAAAGUUGUCACAGGUGCAUUUUUACCACUGUGUUACAUGGCCUUUCCUUUUAACAACACUCAGUAAACGUUUGGGAACUGAGGAGACACAUUUUUGAAGCUUCUCAGGUGGAAUUCUUUCCCAUUCUUGCUUGAUGGACAGCUUAAGUUGUUCAACAGUCCGUAGUCUCCGUUGUCGUAUUUUACGCGUCAUAUUGUGCUACACAUUUUCAUUGGGAGACAGGUCUGGACUACAAGCAAGCCAGUCUAGUACCCGCACUCUUUUACUAUGAAGCCACGCUGUUGUAACACGUGCAGAUUGUGGCUUGGCAUUGUCUUGCUGAAAUAAGCAGGGGCGUCCAUG